AUGAUAUCUUUAGAAGGUGGAUGGAAGUUUGAUUUCAGGCGAGACCUUACAAAUUCAGAGGUGCAAGAACUCGCUACUCUUCUUACUGUAAUAGGAGAUAUCCCACCAGUUCGGGAUGGUCUUCUUGAUACACGUAGAUGGAAACUUCAUUCCACGGGAGUUUUUACUGUCAAAUCCCUUUAUGCUAAGUUAAUGGAAGAAGUUGGAGUUGAUCAUUUUCCUCACUUGUUCGUCUGGAAACCAGCAAUUCCACCUAAGGUUAAUAUAUUAAUGUGGUGCUUGAUUCACGGACGACUGAAUACAAUUGACAUCUUGCAACAUAAAGGUAUGGAUCUUUAUAAUUCCUGUGUUCUGUGUGGCAUUGGUGUUGAAACACAGGAACAUCUUUUCUUACAUUGUAAGAUUGCUUACAAGAUUUGGUCGAGUAUUCUGCCUAUUACAGGUUGGGUAUGGGUUUUACCUGGUUCCAUGAGAACCUUGGCAGACAGUUGGCAUUAUGGCUACUUUUCUCAGUCAAAGAAUUAUAUAUGGGGUUUGAUACCAGCUGCGAUUGUCCAUACCAUUUGGAAUGAAAGAAACUGUAGACGAUUUGAGGAACAAUAUCUCUACAAAACGGAUGAUGAUUUAAUUUUGUCUGUAAAAUCAUUAGUUCUAGCUUGGGCAGCAGCAGCAGGUCACCUAGAAUCUUCUCAAUUUCAAAUUUUGCGUACCUGGGAUUCUAUCUUCUUGUAA